UUUAUUUACAAGAAAAACACACAAAGGUAUUUUUUCCAGAGAGCACGUGAAGGCAGCAGUCACUCUGUAUGUACAGUGAUGCUUUCAGCCGCAGCUCGCUGUAGCCUAGCGGAACAUAGGAGAAAACAAUGUGUAGGAAGAGGACAACUGAAUCUCUUCAGACAGAGUGACUGAUCAUGGCCAGUCGGUGGCGAGACGGUCCUCGCUGCAGUUCAGGAGACCCCGACGGUGGCCUUAAACGAAUGCCCCGCCAACAAGAACCGCGCGAUGAGACCGGAGACGCGGCGGACUCGCUGCGGGAGCUGCCGCGUUGGAUGCGGCUUUACUUCUACGGGAUGCACGGCGUGACUCUGGAUGUCCUGCUCUCCUCGUUCCACGGGGUUGUGAAUUAUCGGGACCCGAAGCUGGUGGGCUUCUCCUCUCCGUAUCUUUGCAUUAUGCAUUCACUGACCCACUUUGCGCUGGAGAAGAUCUACUCACAGAAGAGGUGUUUCCGAGGUCGGCCUGUGGUGUUUCAUCUUGUUUUCUACCCGUCUGUGUACAUCGGGCUGCAGAUCCUGAUCGGGAACAUUAACACCCUGACCGAGCAGGUGAAGGUGGUGUCUGGCACGCAGCUGGCAGUGCACUACGUCCUGGCUCUCUAUUUUGCCCAAGUGUUUCACAGAGGGCUGUCAAGGCUGCAGUAUCACCCCUCCUGCCCCGUAGACCCCUCGCGUAAAGCCAGCAGGCAGGACAGUGGUCAGCAUCGGAGCCCCCCUCCUCCUCCUCCUCCUCCUCCUCGUGGUCUCCCCGGCUUUGUGCGCUUCUUGUUCUUCGGCAUGCACGGCUUUCUGGACGAGGUCCUUUUCACGUCCAUUUUCAACCUCGUGGAGAAGUCUGACCGGACUCUGAGCGGCCACACUUCCCUGUGGUCUUUCCUGAUGUACGGGAGUUGCAGCUUCGUGGUGGAAAAGCUCUACCUCCAUCUGCACUUCAGCAGGGGCUGGGGGACGUGCCGGCGGCUCCCCAUCUACAUCUGCUUCAUCUACACCUGGGAGUUCUCCUGGGGUCUGGUCCUCAGGCAGUUUGACGCCUGCUCCUGGGACUACUCCCACUAUCCUCACAACUUCAUGGGACUCAUCACCCUCCUCUACCUGCCGGGCUGGGUCUGCCUCAGUCUGUACCAGGACGUGCUGUCUAACGUCCUGAUGAGGAUCAAGUGCACCAAAGAUGUAAAUGGUUUGAGCGGGGAGAACGGAGAGGUCAAUGGACAACUGGAGUCCAAGAAAAAACUACUUUAAUUUCAGGUUCUAAUUUCGAGGAGGAGUCUAGCAUUAUUGUAUUCUUAUUAACAAAGUUCAAGGUAAAAUUGCAUAAUGUGGCACCAAUUUGAGUUUUCUUAUUUUUUUCUCAAAUCAUGGUAUAAAUUAGUUCUGAGGCUCUGGAUUUGUCCACAUAUCAAAGUGUUUAUACUCUAAAUCUUUGGACAUUUGAUAUUUUCAGCAAGUUCAGAGUCUGCUGUCUAUAGAGUCUGAACACGUUACCAGUGUUCACAUGAGAUUUUUCCAGCUGAUACUUCUGGGUCCAGUAAUAAAGAUAAAAACACAACUGAAAAGGAACAUGAAUUGUUUACCUACCCUUGUGGAAUUAAGUUAACCCACUGCCAUUUGAUAUAAAAUACAGUUGUAAUAUUAAGAUUUUACAAGUCUUCAUGGCCUUGGAAGUGUGAAUAUUACAUUUUUUUUUAGGACUGUGGCAGAAGCACCACAUUAUAUAUUGAGUUGGAUCGUUUGUGUCAUUUACAUAUGCAUCGGCAUGUUUUAGCUGUAGCUCAUAUCUGCAUGCUGCAAAGUACAAAAAAAAUAAUAGGUUUAUGGUUUAGGUUUUGUUCAGUAAAUUACACGUGUAGUCCCCUAAUAUUCAAAAGUCAGUAUGUUCAAGGUAAAGAUGACAUAAAUACAACUGUUUAGAGGACAGUAAGAUGCAUUGCUCCAUUUAAACGUUCAUCUCUUUUAAUUUGAUUAUCUCUUGAUUUACAUUAAUAGUAUGACCCCCAACUAAUGCAUGCAAGUAAAAUAUGUAGCAAGAAAACCUGUAGCUGAAUGGACACGAGGAGCCAGGUGAGAUGUUACUGUGAAUCUUUGAUGAACCAAACGCUGGAGUGCCUUCCUGUGCAAGCAGAGUCUGCCAGACUCAAACAAAGCAGGCUCGAUGUCUUCGCGGCUCCUCUUUUUAUAUUUGAAGUACUGCAGUGUUUCAUUAUUAAUCAUUAGUAUAAUAACAAUAUUUUAGUCUCUGGCACUAAUGAUGGUAACAGUCAGUGAUGCUGCAUUUAUUCCAUCACUAAAUGAAAGGGCAAGUUUAAUUUUGGAUGCACUAAACAACCCAUCUUUGCUAAACUCUCAUGCAGCUAGUGUGGUCAGAUUCAUUCUGAAAGUACUUUUACUGAACAUGUUUACCCCAAACUGACGGAUAUUUUACGUAAAAUGUAUUUUCUUGACGGUUAGAGCUUACGCAAAUCUGUCUCAAAGAAAGCAAAUUUUAUUUAAAUCUGUCAGUCAAGUUAACUUGAAGUAAAUAUACGACAGACAUGUUUGAAAUCCAGAUUUCAUUUAAAUAUACCCUGAAUAAACUCCAGCUGUGUGUAUGGUGCAGACCAUAAUUUUGUUGGAAUGGUCUCAUGCCUUAACAAACUCAUCUUAAUACCUUGCACUGUGACUAAACAAAUGGUGGUAAGUUUUAAUCAAACUAGCCAACUAGUAACUAGUUGUUAUUUGGAGUUGAUAAACUAAUGCCUAAGCUGCUUCACUCCCACAGUAGCAUUUGAAUUUGGUGCUGGAAUCAAACUCAUUUAGGAAGCUCCCCAUUAAUAAGUUUAUAAUUAGAUUAGAUUUUUUUUUCUUGUUGUUGUUGUAAUCCCAACUCUAAAUUUUGAUUAUUUGUGUAAAAGUGAAUGAGGCAAUGACUAGUAUUUUUUUUAAUGUUUAUAUAAGCUUGUGAUUUCCCAGAUCCAACCUUGAAUGAAUAUGAAAUCUGUUCUGUUUGACCUGAAUCUGUUUUGAUGGUUCAGUAAUCUAAGUAACAUGCUUCAAUAUAAGACAGGGGAGCGACACUGGACAUUGUUGCACAUCACUGGAUAUCUUUGAAUGGUUCACUGUGGAUUUUCAAAAUAAUAAACUUGAUUUUCCUCUUGUCUGUAAAUGA